CUUUCUUCUUCUUCUGAUUAAACCCUAAUUCCCUUCCGGCGCCGAUUCCGACUGCUCGAUUACCGACUUCUCCGAGUUUCAGUGUCGAUCUCGUCUUCGAUCGCCCUUCGCGCCGUUAGUGUAGAAACAGGGAGAGCAGAGCAGAAAGGGGAGAAAUGGCGCGUAACGAGGAGAAAGCGCAGUCGAUGCUGAACAGGUUCAUAGCCCUGAAGGCGGAGGAGAAGAAGAAACCCAAGGAGCGCCGCCCUUACCUCGCCUCCGAGUGCCGCGAUCUCUCGGAGGCCGACAGGUGGCGGCAGCAGAUCAUGCGCGAGAUCGGCCACAAGGUCAGCGAGAUCCAGAACGAGGGCCUCGGGGAGCACCGCAUCCGCGACCUCAACGACGAGAUCAACAAGCUCAUCCGCGAGAAGUCCCAUUGGGAGCGCCGCAUCGUCGAGCUCGGCGGCCCCAAUUACGCCCGCCAUGCCCCUAAGAUGACCGAUUUGGAGGGCAACAUCGUCGACGUCCCCAACCCUAGUGGCCGGGGCCCUGGCUAUCGCUACUUCGGCGCUGCUAAAAAGCUUCCCGGUGUGCGGGAAUUGUUUGAGAAGCCGCCGGAAUUGAGGAAGAGGAGGACAAGGUAUGACAUAUACAAAAGGAUUGAUGCUAGCUAUUACGGGUACAGGGACGACGAGGAUGGCGUGCUGGAGAGAGUAGAGGGGCCGGCAGAAGCAAAGAUAAGGGCGGAGGCAGUGGAGGAAUGGAAGAGGAUGGAGGAAAUUAGGUUGGAGGCGAAGAAGGCGGUGAAGAGUGGGGAAGUAGUAAACGUGAAGGAGGUGCUCUUUGAGGAGGAGGAGGAUGUGGUAGAGGAAGAAAGAAAGGGGGAGAGGGAGAGGGAGGAGAAGGAAAGAAUAGAGAAGGAGAGGGAGUUUGUGGUUCACGUGCCACUGCCAGAUGAGAAGGAGAUUGAGAAGAUGAUUGUGGAGAAGAAGAAGAUGGAGCUACUCAACAAAUAUGCGAGUGAAGAACUGUUGGUGGAACAGACGGAGGCUAAAGAAAUGCUGAACAUUCAGCGGUGACUUGGUUUAUGAUUCUCAGCGUUGAGCCUAAAGUUUUCCUUCUGUAAUGGAUUAGAAUAUUUACCAAUGUCGAUUCUUGAUGGUAUAGUUCGUGUAAGUAUCAUCUCUUAAAAUGCGUCUUCUGCUUCCUGUUCCUGAGUUUGCGCUUGGGUCCUUUUGUUAUGUGGUUUCUAUUCACACAAAACAUGAUUCCACCAUAUGGCCUGAGUUGUAUGCGACCUUAUGUUAGAGACUUAAGACUUGCACCGCCAA